GUGCAGCUGCUUCUUGGUGGGUUUGGCGGCACGUACAAAAAGCAGUUGAAGCAAGUCUCGAAGGUCCAGGAUCUCGUCUCGAAGAACCACGGCCUAGAAGAGGUUGACAAGCUCUGGAGCUCGAUCGUCGAGUUGUUCGAGGCAAAGUUCACCUCCCCCAACGAGCAGAUGGAGAAUUACCUGCAAAAGAUCAUCCAGGCCAGCUGGAUGGUUGGAUUCGAUACUGCUGCUCACUACUUCGGCUUCUUGCCGAAUGGGCUAGCAAGCAUGAGACUCCUUUGCUCAGGUGAGAUGCUGUGGCUGCUUUUCGACAUGAGGCAGCUUUCAGCUGCCAUGAAGGUCAUCCUGGAGAAGGAUGACCAUGGAGGAAUCGAAGGUGUAACCGAGUUUGUGAAGAACUUGGACGAGAAGGGCGUCGCAAUGUUGGCAAAGCACGGUUGCACAGUUCACAUGAUCCAGCAAGGGCCAGGGCAAGUUCUUUUCAUCCCCACAGGUUGGUUUGCCGUGGAACGAUGUGUCAAGGGCUUGCUAGUGUAUGGGAUUCGAAAGACUUUCAUUUAUCCUAGCCAAAAAGCUUCCAGCAACUACGAGAUCCUCCAGGGCGUGCACGUGGAGUCGAAGAAGCCAGUGGACAAAAUGAGGGCGACGGCUGCUUUCAUCGCCCCUCCGGAUGAUGAUUGA